GACGUCCAGCGCACAGCAGCCAGUCAGUCGGUCAUAUACACACACACACGGAUUCCAGUCAUCUGCAGAGAUCCUCUCUGUCGCUUUUUCUAUUGACAUACACCGUUGCGGGAAACCAGUACGGAAUGGGAGCGAAUAACUCUUGUCGACUCACAACCGGCUGGAGAUAAGAGGGCGUAAACGCGAAUAAAACCGACAGAGGGGAAAAAAACAGACUGGGAGCGAGAGAAGGCCGAACCCAUCGAGGCAGCGCAAGACAGUUCAGUUAUUCACGCGACGGGCGCGCGGCGCUCGAGUGGAAUCCGGUCUGAAACCGACGAGCACGAAAACGGCCUCGUUAUCUAACCGUACAUGUGGAUUACCCGUGAACUGAACAUUUCUUCAUUUCUCACUCCUUAGAAACCACAAAGCCGUCCGGUAGCGACAGACCUUCCGCGGAGAGGUCGGUGACUGCCUGGACUCAACGCCCCAUGAUGCACAGCAUUUGUGCUGGGACCACACCCACUUUUAGCUUGUAGAGGAAGUUGCAUCGUCAGCAUGUCCUCGCACCCCCAGCCAAUGCCUCAGGGUCGGAGGGCUGUGGAUGCCCGUCACCUUCCCAGUCCAGCCACGCUUCCUCUGCAGCUGAGAACCCACGCGGAUGUUGGUGGACUGGUGGACUACCACCCCGUUGCUCGGGAAUACAGUUCCCAUCUGUCUCAUGCAUCCCUGGCCCACCGUCGCAGACCGUCCCUUCUGUCUGAAUUUCAGCCAGGCAAUGAAAGAGGUCAAGAGCCCCACAUCCGAUACGACCACAUUUACCUGCACGAGCACAGCAGCCAUUCAGAGGUGGAUUACUCUGAAAUGAAGAGGCCUCGCUUGGAAAUCGGGGCGGAGUCUCUUAUUCGUCAUCAGACUCAUCGGCAGGCUCUCACUGUAACCGGAGCUGAGGAAAUGGCAAAGGAGCACAGCAGCAGCAGUUCCAUUGGAAAAAUCGAGCCCGUCUCUCCUGUGAGCCCGGUACCCAUGGAGCCCGAUCUGGACCUGGUUCCCACCCGUUUCUCCAAAGAAGAGCUGAUCCAGAACAUGGACCGCGUGGACCGGGAAAUCACCAUGGUGGAGCAGCAGAUCUGUAAACUGCGUAAAAAACAGCGACAGCUAGAGGAAGAGGCUGCAAAACCCCAGGAACCAGAGCGUAACGUCUCCCCUCCACCCAGUGAAGCCAAACACCGCAGCCUUGUCCAGAUCAUCUAUGAUGAAAACAGGAAAAAGGCAGAGGAAGCUCACCGGAUCCUGGAGGGACUGGGACCUCGAGUAGAGCUGCCUUUGUACAACCAGCCGUCUGAUACCAAGCAGUACCACGAGAACAUCAAAAUAAAUCAGGCAAUGAGGAAGAAGCUAAUUCUUUAUUUCAAAAGAAGAAACCAUGCUCGCAAACAGUGGGAACAGAAAUUCUGCCAGCGCUAUGAUCAUCUAAUGGAGGCCUGGGAGAAGAAAGUGGAGCGCAUCGAGAACAACCCACGCCGAAGAGCCAAAGAGGGCAAAGUACGUGAGUACUACGAAAAGCAGUUCCCCGAGAUCCGCAAGCAGAGAGAGAUGCAGGAGCGCAUGCAGACUCGAGUGGCUCAGAGAGGAGGGGGACUGGCCUCAGCAGCCCGCAGCGAACAUGAGGUUUCGGAAAUAAUAGACGGCAUCUCCGAACAAGAGAACUCGGAGAAGCAGAUGCGCCAGUUAGCUGUGAUUCCUCCAAUGCUGUUCGAUGCCGAGCAGCAGAGGAUAAAGUUCAUCAACAUGAACGGCCUGAUUUGCGAUCCAAUGAAGGUCUACAAAGACAGACAGGUCAUGAACAUGUGGAGCGAGCAGGAGAAAGACACCUUCCGCGAGAAGUUUAUCCAGCACCCGAAAAACUUUGCCCUGAUAGCCUCCUGUCUGGAGAGAAAGACGGUGGCCGAUUGCGUCCUGUUUUACUACCUGACUAAGAAGAAUGAGAACUACAAAAACAUUGUUCGAAGGAACUACCGCCGGAGAGGCAGGAGCCAGAACAACCAGCAGGCACAGCAACAGGUGAACCGCAACAGCCAGGAGGAAAAAGACGACAAGGAGAAAGAGAAAGAGGCAGAACGCGAGGAGGACAAAGCCGAGGGAGACGACAAGGAGGAGGCAAUAAAAGAUGACACCUCCGGUGAGGACGGGGAGGAGAAAGAGCCACCUGUAGCUGUUAAAGGACGACGCACCGCCAACAGCCGCGGACACCGGAAAGGACGAGUGACUCGCUCUAUGACCAGCGAGCAGGAAGAGAAUACUUCGCCUCUCAAUAAUGAACUGGCAAACCUUGAGAUGAACGAAAGCUCGCGCUGGACUGAAGAGGAGAUGGAAACAGCGAAGAAAGGUCUGCUUCAGUAUGGCCGAAACUGGUCCUCCAUCGCCAAGAUGGUGGGCUCCAAAACCGUCUCCCAAUGCAAGAACUUCUACUUCAACUACAAGAAGAGACAGAAACUGGAUGAGAUACUGCAACAGCAUAAAAUAAAAUCGGAAAAAGAGCGCAAAGCCAGGCGUAAAGGUAAAACUGUUCAGAACGAAGAGGCCAGCGCUCCUGCCGCAGACGAGGAGGAGAUGGAGGGAUCCGGAGUCAGUGGCAACGAAGAGGAGGCUCAGGAGGAUGGAGAAGGUGGUGCCAAUAACAGCUCUGACACGGAGAGCCUCCCUUCCCCGCGCUCCUCAGACGACAGCAAGGUCAAAGAAGAGGGCUCGACACGAUCCAAAGCUGCACCCAACGCUGCCGCCACCUCGUCUUCCGCAGACAAGGACGCUGCGACCGCCGAUGGGCUGCUGGAGGAGAAGCCAACAAUGGAAAACAUAGAAGGGGAGCAGGCAGCAGUGAAGCAGGAAGUGAAGAUCGAAGAAGGGGAGGCCUGUAAGGAGCCAGCCGGAGAGGAUAAGAAACCUCCUGUCCUGGAGGCCGAGGAGGGCAAGAAAGAGAGCAAGAAGAAGGAGCAUGGAGGACAAGGCGGGACUCACGAUAGUGACUCCAGCGCCACAUGCAGUGCGGACGAGGUGGAGGAAACUGAGAGUUCUGAGAAGAACAGGCCAAGUCUGCUGAACUUUGCCCAUGAUGGAGUGAUCUCGUCUUCAGUUCAGAAACCCAUGGACCUCAAACAGCUCAAACAGAGAGCAGCCGCUAUACCUCCCAUUAUGCCAGAGGUCUCUCUGACAGGCAGCGGUAACCGGGCCGGGUUGCUAGGUAAGCAGCAGGCCAUGCCCCAUGCUCUGGCGUUGUACCAGCAACAGAUUACCAUGGCCCACGAAUCCUCCCAGGAGGCCAAACAGCAGCAACCACAGCCAACCAAAUCUCAGCCUUAUCCAGGGGGCCGGGACUCCAGCAGCCCACGGAUCAGGACUCGCAGCCCCGGCAUCUCUGACAGAGAGAGAGAGGAGCUGGAGGGGAACGAGAGAUGGCUUCAGGCUCUGCUCCAUGGAUUACAUAAAUCCCGGGCAUUCUCUCCACUUGCGGACUGUAAAAAGGCUCCCGGGGCGGAGGACAUUCGGGCUGUGGGCCUGGGACGACCUGUGAUGCCACCGUAUCAGCUCUCGCCCAGGGACAUGGCCAAAUUCAGCCACGAACAGCUGCUACACUACAGCCCCUCUUUGGCACCCACUCUUCAGCCACAGGAAAGGAUGGCUGCUGUUCGGCCUCUCCAUAUCCCAGAACCCCCUCCCCUCAUCUCCUCUGCCAAACCUGGUGGCUCCAUCACACAGGGUACUCCGGUACAAUUGCACAACACAUCUCAUAGCUCUGAGCACGGGAAAAUCCCAGCGCCGGGAUCCCUGGCUCUCUCCUGGAUGGACCAGAGAAAGAUGGGAGGGUUUCCGGUGAUCAAACAGGAGCAGUUGUCUCCUCACGGGGCUUCUUCCUCUCAGGCUGAGAAUCUCUCCAUACAGGACAACACUACAUCACGAGGGCCCAUGUCAGCGGUUCAGGGCGGCAGCAUCACGAAGGGCAUCCCAGGCACACGCAUGCACCAAGAGCCUUCGAUAUCGUAUCGAGGAGGUUCCAUCACUCAGGGCACUCCUGCAGAUGUGUUGUAUAAGGGUACAAUAACCCGUCUGAUCACAGAGGAUAGUCCCAGCAGAGAGAGGGGCAGAGAGGACACGCCUUCUAAGGGACACGUUGUCUACGAGGGCAUCAGUGGACACAUCCUGUCUUAUGACCGGGGUCAAAAUUGUAAAGAGGAGGCUCGUGACAUGGUCGGACUGAAGAGGUCCUACGAAAUGAUGGAGGGGGGAAUUUCUCGCGUGCCGUCCAUUAGAGACUCACUGUCUGCUGCUGAAGGCUUGAUCAGUCGGGCAAUGCCUCACGAGCGAGAAAGUCCUCAUCCCCACCACAUCCGUGGAUCCAUAUCUCAAGGUAUCCCACGGGACGAUUAUUUGCGUCGGGAGGUCAAACAGAUGAAGAGAGAGGGUUCUCCGUCACCACGCGGGCCCGACCCUCUUAAAUCCCGUUCUCAUGAGCACAUGGUGACUACCGUCAAAGAGCCGGGACGCUCCAUCCAUGUCAUACCCCCUAAAGAGGGCUCCAUCACCCAGGGCACUCCUCUGAAACAGGAUCCUGUCGGCUUAUCCAAGCGCCAUGACGUACGCUCCAUCAUCGCCAGCUCCCCUCGGCCGUACUCAGGACUGCCUCCUCAUCUAGAGCUCAGACCCGAGCACAGAGGCUCGGACAGGGCCCGAUGCGAAGACGUGGGGAGCAAAUCCAGGCCCAGCGCUGUCGUCAGUGCACCCAGCUCUCUGUCCCGUGCCUCCCCACUGCCGCUGGGUGGAGAGCAAAGCGGCAGAGCUCAUCACAGUCCAGUAGGCUACGAGGACCACAAAAGAGGCGGCUACCCCCCGCCUUCGCACAGAGCCUCGCCUCUGUCAGGCAGAGAUAGCUCACAGCGUUCAUAUGAAGGCUCCUGUAAGUCACAGCAACAGGAGAGAAAGACCACCCCCACCCCACGCGAGGUGAGGUCCACUAAAUCUCCUCUGGCUGUGAGUGAGCAUACCGCGUCUCUCGCCUACGAGAGGAUCCUGCAGGGGCUGGGAACAGACAUGUGCCGCGGACAGAUUGCUCUGCCGUUCGACCCUGCCACUCUGCCCAGGGGCAUCCCUAUAGAUCCAGCAGCUGCAGCGUACUAUCUGCCACGUCACCUGGCCCCUGUCCCCGGUUACCCUCACCCUCACCCUUACCCUCCCUACCUGAUCAGAACUUUCCCCGAAACGGCAGCCCUGGAUAACCGACAGACGCUCUUCACAGACUACAUCACUUCUCAGCACAUGCACCAGUGGCCUGCUGCUGCUGCCAUGGCCGCCCAGAGACCCGACCUGAUCAGAGGCCUCACACCUCGAGAGCAGUCUGUUAACCUGGCCUACUCGCCCACACCCAGAGUAACCUCUGCAUCCCCCAUGGAUCGUAUCACGUACAUCCCAGGAACCUCUACAGCUUUCCCCAGCGGAGCGUACAACACGUCUCCCAUCUCACCAGUGGGAGUGUCUCACAUGAGCAAGAUCCAAAGCGGUGCUUCAUCGGAGAGGGAACGAGAACGGGAGCGGGAGAGAGAGCGUGAAAGAGAACGAGAGAGGGAUCGUGAGCGUGACAGAGAGCGAGAGAGGGACAGGGAGAGAGAGCGAGAGAGAGAGCGAGAGAAGGAUAGAGAGAGAGAACGGGAAAAAUCUCUUAGUCAUGGGAACGUGGAGCACGCACCUAUAUGGAGACCUGGAGCACCAGAGCAGACGGGAGGCAGCAGCAGUUCUCGUCCUCCGUCCCAUUCCUACAGUCACCAGCCGUCUCCGCUCUCCCCACGGCCCCAGGACAACCCACAGCAGAGACCCAGCGUCCUGCACAACACCAGUUCCAAGAGUCUGCCCAACUCUGAGCACAACAGCCCCUCUGUGCUGCGGCCGCCAGGUUCUGCUCGCUACCAGAGCUUUGGGCUUCUCCAAAGACCCGGCGAUGGUUACCCCUCCAGUUCGGACCCGAGCGCUAAAGACUCCAGAGAUGGGGGCAAAAGUCACGGGCGUGGAGGUGUGCCCAAACAUCAAGACAUCUCAUCCAAGUCUGACCCCAAGCUGGCCAGCCCGGGCGCAGGCGGGUCAUACCCCUCUCCAUACAGCCAUGCCCCUGGUGCCCACCACGGGUUGCCUCUGAGUCGUGGGCACCCUUUGCUGGCCCCCGAAAACAGCGGCAGCAGCUCCAUCCCGUUCCGCGGCGGGGACGGCGUCAGCAGCGCGUCAAGUAGGGAAAAGACUCAAAACAAAGUGAUGUCCAAACAGGAACACGAGCUUCGAGCACUCGGUAAGACCACCAUGACAGCGGCCAACUUCAUAAACGCGAUAAUCAUGCAUCAAAUUUCUUGUGAUGCGGCGAUGCCAGAGACUGGUGCGCUCGCGACCAACGGCGCCUGUGAUGCAGCUCAGCAGAAGGCACUAGAACAGCAUCUGUAUGGAUCCGAGGACAGACUUUCUCCUGGUCAGCAGUCACCUUCACCCGCUGUUAAGGGAUCGCAGAGGGUGGUCACGCUCGCCCAGCACAUCAGCGAGGUGAUCACUAAAGACUACACGCGUGAGUCGCAGCAAGGCCCGAUUGGAGGUCAGUCCGCACUACAGCCUGUCUUCGGCUACCACAGUUCCCCUGUGCUGGAUCUCACACGGCCACCGAGCGCCCCUCAGGCUCAGACCCCCACAGAGCCUAAUGCCAACUCCCGCUACACCCCAGAAGGCUCUGCUGCUGAGAGGGACAGAGGGAGAGACAGGUCUCCUCCUCCGAGUAAAUCGCCUCCAGUGAGUAUGUCUGCGGAUGGGAUUGAACCAGUCUCACCACCAGGAGCCAUAUCAGAACCCGAGACACCGAGCGCUGCCUACCCCAAUGAACAAGCAGAACAGGGUAUGGGGUCUCGUUCUCCUGCCAGCGGUUCUCAACCACCAGCUUUCUUCAGCAAACUGACCGAGAGCAACUCUGCCAUCGUCAAGAACAAAAAGGAAAUGAUUAAAAAGAUGGUGGUCGGCACCGAGGCUGAAUUCAAUCAGGGUCAACCUGGAACAGAAAUCUUCAACAUGCCUGUCUAUCUGAAUGCAGGUCCCGUGAGCGUGCGCAGUCACCCGCCACCAGAGGCCGGCGGUAAUACUAUAGGUUUAGAAGCCAUCAUCAGAAAAGCCCUGAUGGGCAAUUUAGAAGAACAGAUGGACGAUCGCUCGCCUUCAGGCUCCCUAAACUCGAUAAAUGUUGGCGUGCCAGCUGCUGGCAUGCCGGCUGGAUCAGCUGAUGGCCGAUCUGAAGACCCUUAUUCCCUGCCAGGGAAAUCCAAAGGAAACGGGCGUUCUAAUGGCCGCAAGACCAAGUCACCUGGACCUGGGCUGUCUGGAGGUGAGAGACCGUCCUCCGUGUCCUCUGUCCACUCCGAGGGAGACUGCAACCAUCACACCCCGCUCACCAACAGAGUUUGGGAGGACAGACCCUCAUCUACAGGUCCCACUCCAUUCCCCUGUAACCCCCUGACCAUGCAGAUGCGUCUCCCCAGCGGCAUCAUGUCAGGACCUUCUCCGUCUCCCACGCAGUCGGGAGCAUCAGCGCCCUCGCAGGGCCAGGCUCAGCCCCGCACCUGGGAGGAAGAACCCAAGCCUUUGCUCUGCUCUCAAUACGAGACUCUGUCAGACAGCGAGUGAACGCACACCUUACACGUACACUUGGGUGACUGAACGUUUGCUGCUUGAUGAACAGAAGAAACCUGUUCAUGUAAACGGGGAUGUUCGCGAACAUACACACGUAUACUCAUGUCCAUACUGACGCACACGCUUACGGGAACAUGCAUCCAUCUCCGCUCGGACGGUUAACGCAGCAUAAAAUCACAUGGAUACAUAUUGACAUCCCUCUCUGAUACCUCUACACACACAUUCAUGCAUGCACAUGCAAAGACACUCCCAGAAAUCGGUCCCUAGCAAGGGCCGUCGGUGAAGACUCGUUCAGCGCUGGCCCUACCCCAGCACACACACACACGCAGCUAGUGCAUUACUCGGCUGGUGUGUUGAUGUGUCCGUGCGUGUGCAUGUUUGUGAAUGUGCACACGUGUUAAAGUGUGCCAUCACUCCUGGACUACUUGUAGGAAGAAUCACUUUUUAGUCAUUUUUUAAUAUACUUCUAUUAGUGUCGUCUUGCUGGCCUUAUAAGAGUUGACUCAUGGACUCAUCUGUUGUGUUGACGCAUUUUGGAGCAUUCCUCAUUAGACUGCUCAGGACACACCCUCUUAUACUGUAACUGCAACUUUUUGUUCUAGUGUGCUAGUGUGUUUGAGGCUUGUUCCGAAGGCUGGAUGAAUCCUCUGCAGAUAUGAGAACCGCACACAUGUAUGUACACCCAUUUAGGUCAUCAUGCACAAACCUCAGCCCUAUGUUUCUGUUCUUAACAUUGGCAUCUGACUGGUGUAUUGUUGAGAUUUGAUGUCAUUGGGGCAUCUGUUGCACACUGAUGAGUGCAUGUGAAGCAUACGUCAGGCGUGAGAUGACGAAAUGGCUUCAGAGAUGCAGGUUUGCUGCUUCAUGUUUCAUUUCAUCUCCCGUAACGUGUUCUGUUCUUAUAUCUUGCAGAGUUUACAUGAAAGGCCAUAUCAUUGGUUUACAGGGUACGCAUACUGUUAACUUGAUGACAUCAUACUUUUUUACUGUCGUUUUUUUCUGUUCGGAGAUCUUUUAGGCACUUCAGUUUCUUCUCUGCUGAUGGGAGCUGUUUUGUUAAGCAAACAUUUGUUACAAGUUCAUCACUAUUUUGGAUUUUUUAAUAUACAAUAACCUUGUUGUUUUGGUUUAUUUUGAUUGUAUGUUUUAUGUAACGAGUUAAGCACUUAGUGAGCAAGCGGUUCUUGUUGGUGUCUUUCAAUGGCAGCCAACUUAAAGAAUGCAACUUUUUACACAGCAUUUAUUUUCUUAUACAGUAUUUUGUUUAUUUGUUUCCCGGUCACCUACCUUGUGAAGCGUUCCGCUCUCUGGCGACAAUCACAAGAGUGUUGAGCGAGUGGACGCAUUUUAGAGGAAGCUGCUUUAUCCGAUUUUCUUCAUCUUCUCUGAAUGUCCCAGCAAACCUUCUCACAUCUGUUGGUUGAAGAGAAAAAAGCCAUGCUGCCUGACCAGUUCUCUUAUAUUACAUUUAGAGCUGCUUUGGGUCUGUUCCGUGCGGUUGAAGAAAGGUUUGGGUGCGUGAAUACACUCACAGGGUUGGCUUUUUCGUGCGCUUAUUUAAGAGAUAAUAAAGAGGUGACCUCGCCUCGUGUAAACCGUAUUCCCUCCCGUUGUACAGUUUUAAAAGUAAUUCUAGUAUUAAGUGCCAUGUAUUUGAUUUCUGAAGUUCAAACUACCAAGUGACUACGCACAACUUUUUGUUUUUAUAUCAGUUUCGUUUUCUCCUUGUCAUGCCAAGGUUGUACAAUUUGUCACAAACACGAGCGGUGAAGGAGAAUUUUAGAAUGAACGGUAACUGUCGAAGAUUUGUGUUUUCACUAGACGCAGUCUCGGAUUUUCCUCCCACCUCUACGAUGGGAUUACUAAUUGUUUUGCAUGCAUGUUAGAUAUGAAAUGUUUUAACUUGUAUUGUUUGAUUUUUAUUUGUCACACUUGUUUUACUAUAAAAGUUAUCUUUAAUCGCAAUGUUCAUUGUGUUCUCCGGACUUGAACUCUGGAGAAGAUCAUUAAAAAAGAUGAAUAUUCAAAAGUGGGUUUUAUCCGGUUUUAGGGUAUUUUUCCGGAUCGAUGGUCGAGGACAGUUUUAGUGCACUACCUAGUGUGGUUUUGUAAACGGGGCUUUGUUUCAGUCACUUCAAUCUUAAAUACACUCAACUUCUGUUCUCAUACAGGAUGUGUAAAAAGUUGCUUUAACCAGAACAUUAUAGAAGCAUUAAAAGAAUAAUCAGUCACUCACAACCCAGAAUGCUCUGAUUGGAGAUUCAGACAUAUCACAUCAGACAGUGUUGUAUUUAGUGAAAGUCACUCUUAAUCCAGUGUUUUCUUGUAUAGUGAGCCCCGCCCCCUUUCUUUCCUAUAUAUUGACUGUUUGUUUGAUUUGUAGGCAGAUGCUCUUUGACUGAGGACAGUGUUGCACUUUCCUUAGCUGAGGAAGUUAUUCAUUUAGAAUCAAACGUGAAUGAAGAAUGCUGAAUGCUGAUAUAACAAUGGCUGAUAGUAGCACCUCUUAAAGAACGGGAAAGUUCAGUAGUUUUUCUGGUGGCAUCUGUUUUGUACAACCAUUUUGUGCAUAUUCUGUUCUUUCAUUUUUCUUUUUUUAUUAAGACCCACUGUAUUAUAGCAAGGAGUGUAAAUAAACCUAAAGGCUGUACAUAUUUAUGUGAUUUGCUGCAAGAUUGAUAUUCACACUGUUGUAUUUCAACAUGGCCACCAGCAAGCUUUGUGGAUAGCAGUGUAAAAAUUAAACAAACAGAAAAAAACAAACACUGCCUUAAUGUUUAAAUAAAAAGCUUAUUGCCAUUGA